CACCACUGAUCUGCUCUAGCAGUCUGAAUGCAGUGACAUUCCUGUCAGAUUUGUCAGCUCUGAGGCUCUGAAGCAGAUGGAAAGUCGGAGGCUGUAGUGUUGUAAUCGCACCAGAGACCGGCUGAAGGGGUUUUAUUUGUUUUGUUUUGUUUUAUUUUUUUUACACUGGGCUGUUUUGCGCGGUGAUCAUGUGUUUUUUGUGGUUUCAGCCCUUCAGCAUGUUCCAGAGACUCUUCUCCAGGCGCUUCCACGGUGUAACUCAGGGCGAUGAAGAGACGCUGGUGUUUUUUGACCUGGAAACUACAGGCUUAAACAUCUAUGAAUGUGAUAUAGUUCAGCUGUCAGCCAUCAGUGGAGAGAGGAUCUUUAAUGUCUACAUUUUUCCUCGGUGCCCUAUAGACUACGGUGCUUCCAGAGUUACAGGCCUGACCACACGCAGACAGACACUGCUCCUACACGGACAGCCAGUGGAAACAGUCCCACUAAGAGAGGCUCUUAAGUUAUUCAUCUCCUUCCUUAAAGCCUUCAGCAGACCAGUUCUGGUGGGCCACAACUGUAAACGCUUUGACUGCCCUGUCCUGCAACGAAUCCUGAAAGAGUUCAAUCUGCUGGAGGAGUUUCAGGAUGUAGUGUCAUGUUACCUGGACACUCUGGCACUCAGUAGGGAGAUGUUUCCACUCCCGAAAUAUUCUCAGCCCUUCCUGGUCCAGCAUUUCCUUCAAAAAACCUAUGGAGCUCAUGAUGCUACUGAGGAUGUGCGAGCUUUACAGGAGCUCUAUAGAUUUUGGAGGCCAAGAACAGACUUGGAAAAUCGGCACAAGUUUAUUUUAUAGCUCAGAGACGUCAGGGGAGAGUGAGGUCAUUAAUAUUAUAAUGGCAUCGGUAUGGUAUCACUCUGAAUCACUUCAAUCAGAGCACACUGCACAUGCUCAGUCGUGUCACAGCCUGCAAAGCAACAGCACCGGAAAUCACAGCUUAAAGAAAAAAUUUGUCCAAUUUUGUCAAAGUGAAUUUCCUCAUUUGGUUUUUAAAUUGUGUACAUUUUGUAUUCCAGAGAAGCCAAAAUAGACUAGAUUUUAGUAUCAGUGUCUCAUUUCAUGAGCAUUUACACUGCUAAGUAUAUUUCAAAAAAUUUUUAUAAAAUAUUUUUUUAUCAGAUAUUUUUUUGCCUGAGAAACUUCAUAAGCACAAAGAUGAAGAGCCAAGUCAUGAUACACAGUCAUCACCAACGCCUGGAUAUUUUUUUACUCCACCUUUGCCUUAAGCCGAAGACACUGGAUUGGAUCUGCAUCGCCCCCUGGACUGUUUGUUCUGAAGUGAGAGAUACUUGCAUUUUUUUUUUUUUUUUUUUUUACUAAUAAGCUUUACAAAAAUAUGA